AGAGAGAGAGAGAGAGAGAGAGGGAGAGAUAGAGAGUGAGAGAAGGCUAAAAAGCACUCUCUCAGAGUGUGACAGAGAGAAGAAAACAAAUGAUCAUCUUGCACUCUGAUAGCCACUGAAAAAACUGACUUCUGAUCAAUCAGAGAUCUGUGCAAAGCAGAAAGGGAAACUACCCGAACAAGACACGAAGAGAGGGAGGGAGAGAAGGAGCUAAUUUAUGGUAUAACUGUCUGGGUCUGUCUGUAAGGAGUGGCCCACAGUCGACCAGAAGGGAGACUGACCAUCUCUGUUAACCAUGGGCAAAUCAGCCUCUAAGGUGUUUGCUGAAGAGGUGCUGCACUCCCACAAUGAGUACCGAAGGAAACACCAGGCCCCUCCCCUCAAACUCAGCAGCAAGCUCAGCCGAGAGGCCAGCAGGUAUGCUGAGAGUCUGGCCAGUACGAGGAUCCUGAAGCACAGUGUUGAGUCCAGCAAGGGGAGCUGUGGCGAGAACCUGGCCUGGGCCUCCUAUGAUCAGUCAGGAAAAGAUGUGUCUGAUCGCUGGUAUAAUGAAGUGCAGCAAUAUAAUUUUAACCGUCCUGGCUUUAACUCUGGAACUGGUCACUUCACAGCGAUGGUGUGGAAAAGCUCGCGCAAGAUGGGCGUGGGAAAGGCCCAGGCGUCUGAUGGCUCCACGUUUGUUGUGGCCCGCUACACCCCAGCCGGAAACAUCAUCAACCAGGGACAUUUUGAGGCCAAUGUGCUGGCCGCCAGGAGCUGAAGAGAACACCCAGGGAGAUCGAGGCAACAGGAGCUGAAGAGAACACCCAGGGAGAUCGAGGCAACAGGGGAGACAACGGAGGAAAAAAGACUCAAAACAAGUACAAGAGAGAAACAAGGAGAGAAAGACGGUACUUAGCAGGUCAACAAGAAUGCAGUCUGUGAGACCGUGGGUCCAUGGACCCCAAUCAGCCUGUGGUAAGCUGUGUUCAUGGCAGAAGAUAGAAGACUUGAGGUUCACUCUUCAGACAAGUUCCGUGGUGCUGACUACCUACAAGGACAUAUACAUACAUUAGUGAAUGAAUGAUUGACUUGAAAUGACAUGAAACACCCUGCACUCAGUAUUAUAACACAAUCUGCAUUUCAUUCUUAUCAAAAACACUGAAAAUCUGUAUAACUGAACUGUGUGUCUCAAGAGUACAGGCAAACAACAUUAUCUCCUUUGAAAUGACUGUUGACAAAUGAGAACUUGUUUUUACAAUCAUGACAAGUAUUUUGCAAGUAUUUUGAAAAUUUGAAUUAAGCAUUACAAGAUACGAUUUCUCUUCAGAAGUGUUUGUUUGUAUGUAUGGAGAUUUAAGUACUUAGACUGUUGCCACUUGAUGUUGAAUGUUCUAACAUAAGCAUUACGUAUUUAGCAGUUUUUUCUUUUUUGAUUGUCACUUGCACAAAACAUACACUAUGUCACUGUUCUCACAUUGUCACUGAACUUAUUUAAAAUGUAAUCUUCAAUUAAAAACUUGAAUAAGACCAUUGUGAACACCAUG